GGAUAACCUACGCUGGCUCUGACUAGAAGCAUAAGUAGCAACGCCCACAGGGCCAAAGCAAGACAAGUCAGACCUUGUAGACUACAGCCACCAUUCUUUUCAAAACGGCGUCCUAUCUCGAACUUCGACUGAUUUCGAUUUAAAGAAGAUGCCUGUCCCCCACUACGGCGUCUGGGCUGCUAAACCCACUAGGUAUACUGUUGAUGGACCGUACGAUCCCACUCCACACAUCCAGCUCUUCUUUACCGAUGACUCCUCCAGUGAGCGGAGGGCUGCAAUCAAUAUCAAGUCUAAUGGUGCAGAGUCUCGCCUCGUAUUUUGGUCUUCUGACAACUUCACCCAUUCCAUCAAGGACAGCCUCUCGAACCUGGACCCUGGCUUUUAUCUAAUCCAGGAUUUCCACCAUUAUCGUUACAGACACCAUCGUUCAGAAGACCCUGAUAUACACGGUAUUGACCUUUAUCGCAUGAACAGCCUUCUGGAUUUCAAGUCUGCACUGGUCUUGCCGGACGAUAUCCCGGGCCGUGACAAUGAUAUCCUGGACAAGAUGAGGCCCAUUCUUGAUAAUGCUAUCGACAACUCCGCAACUAUUUAUAUUUUUGGUUCGUCAUUUGGAUCUGGAAUCCAUAAUGUUCAUAUGAACCAGGGCAGUCUUCCUCGGUUUGAUAACGGUGUCUACUCAGAUGGAGCUCUGCUGUUCCAGUUCAACGACGGACACUGGGAAGCAGUAUUUCUGGCCUUUGCUUCACAGAGGCUCCCGACUGACGAUAGAGGACUGGCAGGGCCGCGCAGCAAGACCGUACUGAAAAUGCUUCAGCAGGGUAGCCGACUAUAGUUGAUAUCUUAGGGCUCUUGGUAAGAAGUAUUGGAUUAGUUAAUCUCUUUCCUGUGAACGUCGCUAAAUUGCUGUAACUCAUUUUCUCAUGUCAUGCUCCGACGGAGCCGUGGAGAAGGCCGCGCUUGCGUCUCCUUGGCACUCAAGUAGUUGUAUUAGUUUAAAACAGGAAUAUUGCCUUGACUGCG